AUGACAAGGCGCUGCAUGCCCGCUAGACCAGGUUUCCCCUCAUCCCCAGCCCCGGGGUCGUCGCCCCCGCGCUGCCAUCUGAGACCCGGUAGUAGCGUCCCUGCUGCAGCGGGAAGGAAAACAGAGAGUCCUGGGGACAGGAAACAGUCAAUUAUAGAUUUCUUCAAACCAGCUUCAAAACAAGAUAGACGUAUGUUGGAUUCUCCACAAAAAUCGAACAUCAAAUAUGGAGAAAGUGGAUUGUCCAUCAGUGGGACAGAGCAGUUUGAAAGGAAACUAUCCUCACCAAAAAGUUCUAAACCCAAAAGAGUGCCAUCAGAAAAGAGCCCCGUCUUAGAGGCAUUCAUAAAAGGUGUUAAAAAGCACCAUAGAGACCAUGGUGUACAUGAGUCACGUCAGCCUUGUGUGUCACUGGACACCAAAUAUUCAAAGGCAGUUACAAAAUACGUUCCUCCUUCAUAUCUCUUGUCAAAAGAGACCAAGAAAAAACAUCAGUCUUCAGAGGGAAGGAAGUCACAUUUCAUUCAUGAAAAUAGCAGGGAGAAGAAUGAUGGCAAUCGAGGCAGGAUCAGUGCAGAUUCUAAGAAGCAGGCCACGGUGACAGAAGCUGACAUCUUCAAGAACAGCUCCCGAAGUCUUAGCAGCAGGAGCAGCCUAUCCAGGCACCACCCAGGAGAAAGCCCACUGGGAGCUAAGUUCCAGUUAUCUCUAGCUUCUUACUGCAGAGAAAGAGAACUAAAGAGAUUGAGAAGGGAGCAAAUGGAGCAGAGAAUCAACUCAGAAAAUUCUUUCUCAGAAGCAAGCAAUCUUUCCUUAAAAUCUUCUAGUAUAGAAAGAAAAUGCAAACCAAGGCAGGAACUGAGUAAACAGAAUGAUGUCACACCUGGAAACAGUAAUCUUUCAAACCUGGAAAACGGACAUCUCUCAAGAAAAAGAUCCUCUUCUGAUUCAUGGGGACCUGCUUCAGCAGGCUCUAAGCAGAAUAAAUUCCCUGACAAAAGAAAAAGGAAUUCUGUGGACUCAGAUCUGAAAAGCACAAGAGAAUCUAUAAUGCCAAAAGCAAAAGAGUCGUUCCUUGAGAAGCGUCCUGAUGGACCACAUCAGAAAGAAAAAUUUAUAAAACAUAUUGCACUGAAGACACCUGGUGAUGUAUUGCGCUUGGAAGAUAUAUCCAAGGACCCAAAUGAAGAAGCUGAUUGCUCCUCUGCAAACUUGACACCAACAAAUUCUGGGCACCAUUCUUCCAGGAGUAGUGACCAAAUCCGUGUGGCAAGUACCAAAGAGACUAAGAUACCGAAACCCCACUUAUCUUUACCUCAGGAAAAGUCUGCAGUUAAAAAAGCUAGCAACCUUCAGAAAAAUAAAACUGCUAGCUCUGUGUCAUCACAGGAGACAAAACUUCUACCUUUGCUUUCCCAUGUUCCAAGUGCUGGUUCCUCUCGGGUUCCAUUAAAUGCUAAAAAUUGCACUCUUCCAGUUCCUAAAAAAGAUAAAGAGCGUUCUUCACCUAAAGAAUGUUCUGGGCAUUCUACAGAGUCCUCCACACACAAGGAACACAAAGCAAAGACUAAUAAGGCUGAUUCUAACAUAUCUUCAGGGAAAAUUUCUGGGGGAUCUUUACGUUCAGAAUAUGGCACUCCUACAAAGUCUCCCCCAGCUGCUUUGGAAGUUGUGCCAUGUAUUCCAAGCCCACCAGCACCUUCAGAUAAAGCCCCUUCAGAUAAAGAGAGUUCAGGAAAUUCUAAUGCAGGUAGCAGUGCACUGAAAAGGAAACUAAGGGGUGAUUUUGAUAGUGAUGAAGAAAGUUUAGGUUAUAACCUAGAGAGUGAUGAGGAAGAGGAAACAUUAAAAUCACUGGAAGAAAUAAUGGCUUUGAACUUCAAUCAGACUCCUACAGCUACAGGAAAGCCUCCGGCUCUUUCUAAAGGGCUUAGAUCUCAGUCAUCAGACUAUACAGAACAUGCUCAUAGUGGGACUUACACAAAUACUUUAGAGCGUCUAGUGAAGGAGAUGGAAGACACACACAGGCUAGAUGAACUGCAGAAGCAACUACAGGAAGACAUCAGGCAGGGCCGAGGCAUUAAAUCCCCAAUCAGAAUUGGUGAUCACGACAGUACUGAUGAUGAAGAUGGCCUCUUAGAAGAGCACAGAGAAUUUCUAAAGAAAUUUUCAAUUACAAUCGAUGCUAUUCCUGAUCAUCAUCCAGGCGAAGAAAUAUUUAAUUUCCUUAAUUCUGGAAAAAUUUUCAGUCAGUAUACUUUGGAUUUGAGAGACUCUGGUUUUAUCGGACAAAGUGCUGUAGAAAAGCUUAUUCUUAAAUCAGGAAAAACAGAUCAAAUUUUUUUGACAACACAAGGCUUCCUUACCUCAGCUUAUCACUAUGUCCAGUGUCCUGUACCUGUGUUGAAGUGGCUAUUUCGGAUGAUGUCAGUUCAUACAGACUGUAUUGUAUCUAUGCAGAUUUUAAGUACAUUAAUGGAAAUAACAAUAAGAAAUGAUACCUUCAGUGAUUCACCAAUUUGGCCCUGGAUUCCAUCAUUGUCUGAUAUAGCUGCUGUGUUUUUCAAUAUGGGAAUUGAUUUUAGAUCUUUAUUUCCUCUGGAGAAUCUUCAGCCAGACUUUAAUGAAGACAAUCUAGUUUCUGAAACACAGGUGACAUUGGGAGUGAAAGAAAAUGAAGAUUCAUCUUAUAAGCCAAUUUUUUCAUCUCUCCCUGAAACCAACAUUUUAAAUGUGGUUAAGUUUCUAGGCUUGUGUACAUCUAUACAUCCAGAAGGUUACCAGGAUCGUGAAAUAAUGUUACUGAUCUUAAUGUUGUUUAAAAUGAGUUUGGAAAAAGAACUGAAACAGAUUCCUCUAGUAGACUUUCAGAGCCUCUUAAUAAACCUGAUGAAAAACAUCAGAGAUUGGAACACAAAGGUGCCUGAACUCUGUCUGGCCAUAAAUGAACUCUCCACUCAUCCCCACAACCUUCUCUGGUUGGUACAGCUGGUCCCUAACUGGACAUCACGUGGAAGGCAACUGAGACAGUGCCUCAGCCUAGUGAUUAUUUCAAAGCUUUUGGAUGAAAAACGUGAAGAUAUCCCUAAUGUGAAUAAUCUGCAGAUAUCAGUCUUACAUCGCUAUCUUGUGCAAAUGAAGCCUUCAGAUUUGUUGAAGAAAAUGGUCUUGAAGAAAAGAGCUGAACAACCAAAUAGCACUAUUGAUGAUAGUCUUCAUUUGGAACUUGAAAAGCAGGCAUAUUACCUGACCUACAUUCUUCUUCAUUUAAUCGGUGAGGUUAGUUGUUCUCACUCCUUUUCUUCUGGACAACGGAAACACUUUGUGCACCUCUGUGGAGCUUUGGAAAAGCACAUUAAGUGUGAUAUUAGGGAAGAUGCAAGACUGUUUUAUAGAACUAAAGUAAAAGACUUGGUUGCCAGGAUACAUGGAAAAUGGCAGGAAAUAAUCCAGAACUGUCGGCCUACUCAGGGGCAACUUCAUGACUUUUGGGUACCAGAUUCUUAA